CAGCGACCUCUCCACCUCGACCUCGCUCAACCACACAUUAUGUCUCACGAAUCCGUCUGGUACUCGCGCCCGCGCACCUACGGCAAGGGCUCCCGCGAGUGCCGUGUCUGCACGCACCCUGCCGGUCUCAUCCGCAAGUACGGCCUCAACAUCUGCCGUCAGUGCUUCCGCGAGAAGAGCGCCGACAUUGGUUUCGUCAAGCACCGAUAAAUUCCCCAAGCAUUGGCGGUCGGAGUAGCGGAGGAAAAGGCGCGACGGUUAUACACAAUGACAAUGUGACGAACAUGGAUACGAGGGCAUGAGGAGCCUCACAUCGGAUAUGGCAUGCAUGCAUUGCUGGGCUUCUUCGGU